GUGAGUUGCAACUGGUGCGUGCUAUUGGUACGUGGCUGAGGUUGUUUUACGCUGCUAAUGACAGUGUUGUUUACUACUUGAAUGGCAGUUCCAGAGUUUUUCAAAGAUAUUUCAACGGAGGAAUAUAUUUUAUAUUGUAACUUCGUGUUCGUUUUGAUGCUUGUUGUGGCCUGGGUGGUUUGCACCAAGACGAAAUGGAGAAAGAACUUGAAGUCGAAAGAAGUCCAGCAGCAGCAGCUCCACCAACAGCAAACACAGACGGUUGUUGUAGUGCAAGCGUAGUACAAUUGACGGAACAGCGACAGCAAAAUGUAGCAGCCACCGAGAAUGAUGGAUUGGCAAAAAUAAAAGACAAAUUCAUUGAUUGGGAAAAAAUCAAACUAUCUCGUGAAAAAUCAGAAGGAACGAAGAAAGAUGCUGAGAAAACGGAAAAGACGAAUAAGGAUAAUGAAACUGAUGAGCCGCCUUUGAAAAAAGUAAAGCAUGAAAAAUCGCGUGGUCAAAACAAACACCGUCCUCGAGACAAGAAAAUAGACUGCUCAGACAGACUCUGCCCUAGCAUACUUACAGAAAAAGUUUGCACUUUCGGUGAAAAAUGUCGCUUUGAGCACAAUGUUAAAGAAUUCAUGACUACAAAACCACCUGAUAUUGGGGACAAAUGUUAUGCAUUUGAGACUUAUGGAAAAUGUUUUUAUAGUCUUAUGUGUCGUUUUGGUACCAGUCAUCUCGGUGAGGACUACACAAAUUUAAUUGACAAUGACAAAUUUAAGGACUAUGUUCCAAGCAAAAAUGUCCUUUCUAAAGAUUUGCAAAGGUUACUGUGGAAGAAAAAAUACAAGUAUGAAAAAGCUGGCAAGGUUAUAGAUACUCUGAUGAAUAUGAAAGGAAAAAAUCAUUCUAUUUUGAAAGAUAGUAUAGAAAAGCGUCUGAGUGUUGAAAACCUAACUUUGAAUAAAAGCAAUGAAGUUAAGUCUGACGGAACCACUACAGCCGCAGGACAAAAUGAAGAGGGCAUUAUGGGUGUAACUGAUGCAGGACCUGUUGGCAGUUUAGAGACUACUGUUGAAUCACAACCCAAAGUUGAUUUAAAGAACAAGACGGAUAACAUGCAUGUUAACUCAUCUCCAAGUCUCUCAGAAUCAAUUCCAGAUAAAGAUGUAAAGAUGAGAAUAUGCGAGAAAAAGAAAAUUGACUUUUCCAAUAAACUUUACUUAGCUCCGUUGACGACAGUUGGAAACCUACCAUUCAGACGUAUAUGUAAACGAUAUGGAGCCGAUAUCACAUGUGGUGAAAUGGCUAUGUGCACCAAUCUAUUGCAAGGUCAGCUGUCUGAGUGGGCUUUGGUCAAAAGACACCAUACUGAGGAUUUAUUUGGUGUUCAGCUAUGUGGUUCUUUCCCGGAUACAAUGACUAAAUGUGCUGAGAUUCUUAAUGACAAGAUGGAUAUUGAUUUUAUUGAUGUCAAUGUGGGAUGUCCAAUAGAUCUGGUGUUUAAGAAGGGUGGUGGUUGCGCCCUCAUGGGUAGACUCAGCAGAUUUGAACACAUAAUAACAGGAAUGUCAUCAGUGAUGGAUAUACCGAUCACUGUCAAAAUGAGAGCUGGUAUCCAAGACAACAACUUUACAGCACAUAAAGUCUUACCCAGACUACGAGAUUGGGGAGUUUCCAUGGUAACGCUCCAUGGUCGUUCACGUGAACAACGUUACACUAAAAUAGCAGACUGGGAUUAUAUCUCCAAAUGUGCAGAGAUAGCUAAGCCAAUGCCGCUAUAUGGUAAUGGCGAUAUCCUUUCUUAUGAAGAUGCUAACAGACAAAGACAACAUACUGGCGUGUCAGGUGUCAUGAUUGCUAGGGGUGCUUUAAUUAAACCAUGGGUCUUCACUGAAAUCAAAGAACAAAGACAUUGGGACAUCUCCUCUUCUGAGAGAUUUGAUAUUCUUAGAGACUUCACAAAUUAUGGACUUGAACACUGGGGAUCAGAUCAACAGGGAGUUGACAGAACUCGCAGAUUUCUCCUGGAAUGGUUGUCAUUUUUAUAUCGCUACAUUCCCGUUGGUAUAUUAGAGAGCAUCCCCCAGAAAAUUAAUCAGCGCCCGCCAUGUUAUUUCGGCAGGGAUGAUCUUGAGACAUUAAUGGCCAGCCCAAAUUGUGGUGAUUGGGUCAAAAUCAGUGAGAUGUUACUUGGUCCUGUUCCCAGUGGUUUUGAGUUUCUUCCCAAACAUCGUGCAAAUUCCUACAAAUAAAUAAGC